AUGAGUCUCAUCGAUACCCACCACCAUUUUGUGCCUGACUUCUAUGCGCAAGCUGUCGAGGAGGCUGGAGGGGAUCCCUCUGGCUGGCCAACACCUUCCUGGUCUUUUGAGGGCUCUAUUGCGUCCAUGGAAAGAAACGGUUCUACCAAGGCAAUCUUAUCACUGACUGCCCCUGGAGCCGUCAUCGCAUCUAAUGAUGAAAAGAGAAGGGCAUUGGCCCGCAAAGCUAACGAAUAUGCCGCCUCCAAGCGUGAUGAAGACCCUAAGAAAUGGGGCUUCUUUGCAGCUCUGCCGUGCCUCCUUGAUACCGAGGGCACCCUGGCAGAAAUCAGAUACGCCCUUGAUGUGCUGAAAGCCGAAGGUGUCACUUUGUUCACCAGAUAUGGCCCUGGAAACCAAUACCUGGGUCAUUCAGAAUUCAAGCCUAUUUGGGAGGAGUUAAAUAGCAGAAAGGCUGUGGUCUUUAUCCACCCCACCCAUCCCGCUGAUACGACUCGGGUCAAUCCAUUCCUGCCGCAACCAGCUAUCGAUUACCCCCAUGAGACAACGAGGACGGCUGUCGACAUGAUCAUUAGCAACACGAAGAGGAACUACCCUUCUUGCAAGGUAGUCCUCUCCCACGCCGGAGGUACCCUCCCAUUUCUGAUCACCCGGAUGAGCACUGUAUCAAAGGAAGCAGCCGCCACGGCUCGCAUUUACGGGAAGACUUCUGAGGAGAUAAUGGAGGAUUUCCGGUCGUUCUACUUCGACCUGGCUCUUUCCAGCUCGGAGGCUGUGCUCAAGCUGGUUCUAGAUGUUAUUCCACAAGACCAUCUUCUUUACGGCUCUGACUACCCUUACGCCUCUCCCGAUAAAACACUUGGUUUCAAGCAAAUUUUGGAUAGCUUUCCUCUGGACCAAAAUCUGCGGGACAAUAUCUACUUCAAGAACGCUGAAGCACUUUUCACAAAGGCAGAGUAA